UUAUCAGCGCGAAAGGAUCGCGUGAAAAGAAUUAAGUUUCGCAAGCUCUGCGUAAAAUCAUUAAUUUCUUUUUACAUAAUGGACAUUUUAUAAUAUUGUAAAUGACUUUGACAUGUGUGUUCCUUUUUUAUAAAAAUAUAGAUUUCUUAAAAACGAAUAAGUUCAAAACAGAUAAGAACAAUAAAAAAGUAUAGUUAUUACAAGAUUUUUUGUUGUUUAAGAUUCGUGGUAUAACAUUUUAUGACAUAAUGUUGUGCAAAAGUACCAUUCAGUUCUCGUGCCGUUUCUCAAGGAGCAUUUGCAAGAGUUUUCAUGUAUCGAUCAAUCCACUUUACAAAGCGAUUAAGGAAACUGACAUCAAAUCUGCUCAAAAUGUGAGCAAAUCGCCACGGAUAUUGAUAACAGGGGGUCUGGGACAAUUGGGCACGGAAUGCGCGAAAUUGCUCCGUCGAAAUUACGGCAACGAGAAUGUCAUACUGUCGGACAUUAUCAAGCCGACAGAGGAGAUGCUGAGGAAUGGGCCCUUCAUCUUCGCCGAUAUCCUUGAUUUCAAGGGCCUGCAGAAAAUCGUCGUGGAUUACAGAAUCGACUGGCUCAUCCACUUCAGCGCUCUACUUAGCGCUAUUGGUGAACAAAACGUGCCGCUAGCCGUCAGAGUUAAUAUUGAAGGAAUGCACAACGUCAUCGAAUUAGCAAAACAAUACAAACUGAGGAUCUUUAUACCGUCGACGAUCGGUGCGUUCGGACCUGAUUCGCCGAGGAAUCCCACCCCGAAUGUCACGGUGCAACGACCUCGUACGAUUUAUGGCGUCAGCAAGGUGCACGCGGAGCUCCUAGGAGAGUAUUAUCAUCAUCGAUUCGGCCUUGAUUUUCGAUGCCUCCGAUUUCCCGGUGUAAUCAGCUGCGAUCCACCCGGCGGCGGUACCACAGAUUAUGCUGUAGCGGUGUUUCAUGAAGGAUUGUUAAACAAAAGGUACGAAUGUUAUUUGGAACCUCACACCAGACUACCGAUGAUAUACAUCGAAGACUGUCUGUCAGCACUCUUCCAAUUCUUGAAUACGCCUAACGAAUUACUGCGCAGACGAGUUUACAAUGUCACAGCCAUGAGUUUCACACCUGAGGAACUGUUCAACGAACUCUUCAAGUAUGUACCGGACUUGAAAAUUACUUACAAGCCAGACAAGCGACAACUCAUCGCUGAAAAUUGGCCGCAAGUUUUUGACGAUUCCGAAGCACGACGAGAUUGGGGAUGGCAGCACAAAUAUGAUUUAGAGAGGCUGGUAGAGUUAAUGGUGCGGGACGUUAGCACAAACUUUUUACCGAAAUACCGAUUGAAAGAAGUCAACAGCUAUGUAUAAUCGUAUAAAAGUUAUACAUAGAU